AAUAGUAUAGCUAGGAACUGUCAACCGUUAUUUGAGACGGAAAUAUACGAAGUACGCAAGUCAGACAGAGAUAGCAUAGUCGCAUUUCAAUAAUUGAAAUGUUUGUAACAUAUCGGUAAUUCAUGAACGACCGUUGCUUUGAUUUCAUCAAACCGUUGAAAAAUAUUAUUUGUGAUAGUGUAUGUGAUAUCGAUAAAUAUCCAAAAUGAAGUCUGCUAAAUCGAAACAGAGGAUAAAUGAUUUACGGACGCCGGCUAGAAGUAAACAAAAUCUAGUUGGGGAAAGAGAUCCGGUACAAGUAUAUUGCCGGUUGCGACCUAUGCAAAGGGAUUCUGAUUCACCAUGUAUGAAGAUUAUUUCGCCGAAUACAGUGCUUUUAACACCUCCGUCGACUGCUAUAAGCUACAGAAACGAGAAUGCGAAGACUAUGAAGUAUACUUUCAAAGAGGUAUUCCCGCCCGAAACGAAUCAACAAGAAGUGUUCGACAAAGUCGCGUUACCGAUCGUCGAGGGCUUGAUCAAAGGUAAAAAUGGUUUAUUAUUUACCUACGGAGUCACAGGCAGCGGUAAAACCUUCACAAUGACCGGUGAACCACAUAACUGCGGCAUUUUACCGCGAUGUCUAAACAUUAUCUUCAAAACGAUAAACGACUUUCAAGCCCAUAAAUACAUAUUCAAACCUGAUAAAAUGAACAUGUUCGAUAUUCAAAGUGAGGCGGAAGCCAUGUUGGAACGCCAGCAAGAGCUCCAUAAAUUCAAAAGUGGACGGAAGAACAAUUCAAACCCCGACCUGGCUAUGUCGUCAUCAGAUAUCACUAAAAUUGAAGGUAUCAAUGAGGACAAUCAAUAUGCCGUGUUUGUUACCUAUGUAGAAAUAUACAACAACAGCGUAUUCGAUUUGCUUGAAGAUGGACCUCCGAUUACCAGAAACUUGCCUGUGAAGAUCAUCCGUGAGGACGCAGCACAUAAUAUGUAUGUUCACGGUGUGACGGAGGUUGAAAUUAAGUCUGCUGAAGAAGCUUUCGAAGCCUUUUAUUUGGGUCUUAAAAGGAAACGAAUGGCUCAUACUACGUUAAAUGCUGAAUCAAGUAGAAGCCACUCCGUAUUCACUAUCAGACUAGUGCAGGCACCGGUUGAUGAGAUGGGUGAAGCUGUGAUCCAGAAUAAGAAAUUCCUGUCAAUAUCUCAGCUGAGUUUAGUAGAUUUAGCUGGCAGUGAACGUACAAACAGAACUAAGAAUACUGGCCAACGUCUACGUGAAGCUGGCAACAUCAAUAAGUCAUUAAUGACACUCAGGACCUGUUUGGAAGCUCUCAGAGAGAAUCAAAUAAGCGGAACCAACAAUAUGGUACCGUACCGUGAGUCGAAGAUCACGCAUCUCUUUAAAAACUUCUUUGAAGGAGAAGGCCAAGUUCGUAUGGUUGUGUGUGCUAACCCAAGAGCUGAAGACUAUGAUGAAACUCUCCAAGUUAUGAGGUUUGCAGAAAUGGCUGCAGAAGUUGAAGUUGCUAAGCCUCAAAUUAUUGAUGUGGCUGCAAGCAUUGGCCUAACUUCAGGCCGUCGUAAGGCCAACAGACUAUUUACGACAGCCAGAGAUAACAUUAUAAGACCAGAAGCUAAAGAUCUAGAAUUGGACUUAGGUCUUGUGUAUAGUCUGGGACCAGACUUCCCCAGUCUUGAACUAAAUAGUUCUCAAGCAGCUCAUAUUAUAAAAGAAUUGAUGGCACACUUAGAAAUGAGGAUCAGUAGACGAGAAACAUUAAAACGCAGCAAAGCUAUCAAAGACGAAAGACUUAGAUCUGCUUUACUGGACCUUGAAAAGGACUCACUAGAAGUUAGAAGUGAAAAUGCCUCUUUGAGAGGCCAAUUGGCUGCAGCUGAGCGCAGAGUAAGAGCUCUUGAAGAGAGACUAACAGCUACAGAGAAUGCAUCGCUCACACACCAACGGAAACUAGCUGAGAUGACAGAAUACACUACAAAUUUAAAACAUGAGUUACAUGAGAAGGAAUUGUUGCUCAGCCAGAACAAAUUCGACAAAGAAAAGCAGAAGAAGAUUCUAGAACGAAAAUAUAACCAUAAGAUAGCCGCUGAACAUGAAAAAGCAAAAGAAAUUAAUUGCGAGAAGGAGAGAUUGAGAAAUGCUAUCGAAGAGAAGGAGAAUAAACUACGAAUGAUCGCUGAAGCUUUAAACGACCGUGGUGAUGAUGGUUAUAAUAAUAAAAUAACAGGAGACAUGGCUGCACAGACCAGCAACAAAGACUUCACACCGGGGUCAACUCCCAGGGCUCUACCAGCUCAUUUGCUAACUCCAUUCAGCUCCGUACCUCAGACAACACAAACACAUAGAGACACACCUGCUUCAUCACGGCGUGGAGUCGCUAUAGCUAACCCUAGACACCGCAGAUCCUUAUCAGCUGACGGCAGAGGCUGGCUCGAACAUGCCCCAACGAAAAUAGUCCCAAUGGGCACCGUUAUGAAGCCACAAAUAUGUAAUAGUAAAGUUGUGAACAAACUCACAAGCGUUAAAGACAUAGCUAAUUCUAAAACAUCGAAAUAUUGCCUGAUAUCGCAAGAGCAAGAUACCGAUGGAGAAUUGGAGACUAAAUUGUAUAAAGGAGAUGUUGUACCGACAUGUGGUGGUGGUGCCCAAGUCAUUUUCAAUGAUGUUGAGAUGUUAAAACAGUUUUCUCCAACACGGGAAUCAUCUCAUUCCAACCGUCUUUCCAGCACAACUUGUGCAAGGCAUUCUGGUAAGCGUAGGGAUACUGCUUGCUCUCCACCGCAGACGCCUUCGAAUACCAGCAAAAAGCAGAGAGUUGACGAUGACUGAUGUUGUAGGUAAGUUUUUGUUUAGUUGCAUAUUUCUUUCAUUUUUGAUUAAUUAUGUUAUCCUGUUUUCAUUGUCACAACUAUAAUUCAAAUAUUUUAUAUCUAUAAAAUUGAUUACUGUAUUACAUGGCAAAUUCUCGUAAAAUUUUAAAUGUUGCAACUGUGGAGAGAAAUUAAAAACUUGUCAAAAAACUGCAUAAUACUUAGUUCCAUUCAAAAUUAUUUCCUUUUCGAAAGACUAUAAUUUUUUUGCGAAAAUUUGGGCAGUAGUUACAUUGAAAAUACGACUACACGAGUUGCAUAACACCAUGUUUAAAAUGAACAGCGAUAACUGCGAUUUAUUCAAAGAAAAUUCAUUAAAACAAUCUAGAAUACCAGACAUAUGCAUCUAAUCUAACCAUUCAUUAGUAUAAUAAUUUGUUAUUAUUUCUAAGUUCUGUUAUAUUAACUUUAAUUUAGAUUGAUUACUUGCAAUUAGUCCUGACUAUGAAGAAAAGCCUAGAAACAUACAAAAAGAAAUCAUUAUAUUGAAACUUUCUGAGUUUCAAUAUAAUGAAUUGAAAUCAAGCACUGUCUCUUAAAAGUAAGCACCCUUAUUUUGUUCUCGCCUUUCUAAGUCAGGCUAAUAUACAAAAUUAUGAUUAAGGCUGUUAUAAAAUAUAUAAGCUAAUAUAUCUAACAUACUUUAAUGUCAUAUUUAGCGGUAUUUUUUUUUACAUUUUAUUAAUGUAACAUUUUUGGUAUUUCUUAUAACCAUGUAAUUAUAAAAAGUAUUGUUUGCAACAAUGCAGUGACCCUUUAGAUUAAAUGUGUAAUGAAAAUGCCUGCCUCAUAUGUAAAAAACUAGCUGUAGCCCAUGGGCCUGCCCGCUACAAAUCGAAAAUUUUAUGUGUUAAUCCUGGUUAUAAACUAUCUGCGUACCAAGAUUCAUUUUAAUC